AUGUCUAUGUAUGUGACAGGAGACUUCAUGGCUGAGCAACCAAGGAGGAGGGGAAGGCCGAGAAUUAAUGCUGCCCAGAAUCAAAAUGAGAAUCCUGAAGGAGGAGCCGGUGGUAAUCAAUGGGUACAAUUGAUGCAAAUGCAACAACAACAUCAAUUUCAGAUGCAGCAGCAACAACAGGAGUUUAUGACACACAUGGUGCAGCAGAUGCAGGGUACCCAUCCACCUCCCCAACAGAAUGAUGGAAGUAGGGGUUUCCGAGAGUUUUACCGUAUGAACCCUCCCGAGUUCCAUGGUGAUCUGGACCCACUCAAAGCUCAUGAUUGGCUCACCAGUAUUGAAAGGAUCUUUGAGGUGACACCGUGUUUAGAGGAAGACAAGGUGGUUUGUGCUACACAGAUGUUGCGAGGACCAGCCGCUCGGUGGUGGACGAGUGCUUCCGGCAGGAUGACUACUUUAGGAAUUGAUAAGACGUGGGAGCACUUUAAGGCAACAGUAUUGGAAAAGUACUUCCCAGAUAACAUGAGGGCUCAAAAGGAACUAGAAUUUCAAAUGUUGCGCCAAGGUUCCAUGACUGUGGCUGAAUUUGCGGCAAGGUUUGAAGAUAUGGUGACGUAUUCUAACCAAGCUCUCUAUGCCCCGAAUGAACGUUGGAAGAUUAACCAGUUUAAGAUUGGACUCCGAGGGGAGAUAGAUUAUUGUGUGGGGCAGCAACGCUAUAACACUUAUGCUGAAUUGCUUGAACAAUGUUAUAUUGUUGAGCAAAGCCUGAAGAAGAUUGAACAAGAUAAGGAACAAGCCAAGCCAAGUCAGGAGGAACAUAGAAGUACAAAUCAGCACUUAAGGCCAAAGGGAUCACCAUCCAAAGGGAAGCAAAAUCAGAAUGUAAGACCGUCACGCUCGCCCUUUUGUGGUAGAUGCAAGCAAAACCAUUUUGGUGGCUGCAAGAUUAACAUAGAUGGAAAGUGUUAUACAUGCGGCAAGGAAGGGCAUUUCGCUAAGAAUUGUCCAGAUAGAUACCGUCAAGGGGGAAAUGCAGGAAGGGUAUAUACUCUUGACGCGAAGAAGGCGAAGGGCAACAACGAGUUAAUUGCUGAAGCUGUACCCUUAGAUUCUUCGAUGGUAGUUGGCAUGGCAGUCGACGGUAAUGUAGAAACUUCUUGGAAGUGUGAGGACUGUGUCGUGACUGUUGACGAUCGAGUUUUCCUAGUAGAUUUGAUUUGUCUACCGCUUAAGAGGGUGGAUGUGGUUUUGGGAAUGGAUUGGCUCUCUGCCAAUUCAGUACUCAUUAAUUUUAAGGAGAGAGCUAUCCUGGUUCCAACUGUUGAAACUACUCCGGAAGACCCAAUGACCACUCUCUUAGAAGGUACUAUUCAUAUGAUCAACUAUUUAUUUGAUCAAGAGAAGAGUUUCAUUCUUUUUCUAGCUGAGGAUCCGAAUGGAAAGUUAUCUAUUUCACAAAUUCCGGUAGUUUGCGAAUUUCCAGAAGUCUUUCCAGAGGAUGUCACUUCCUUGCCUCCUGAAAGAGAAGUGGAAUUCUCUAUCGACUUGGUGCCAGGAACAGCCCCAGUUUCUGUUGCUCCUUAUCGGAUGUUGCCGAUUGAACUUAAGGAAUUGAAGGGCCAGUUGGAAGAGUUACUAGCUAAACACUUAUGA